AUGGACUCUCUCAUUGCAGCAAAUACCAAAUUUUGCUUUGAUCUUUUCUGAAAGCUCAGCAAAGAUGAUUAUCAUAAGAACAUCUUCAUCUGUCCUCUGAGCCUCUCGGCUGCCCUUGGCAUGGUCCGCCUGGGGGCCAGAAGUGACAGUGCACGUCAGAUCGACCAGGUACUACACUUCAACGAAGUUUCCCGGAAGGAAAGCAAAGAACCGGGUCCCUGUCUGAAAAGACAAAAACAAGAAGGGCAUGCUGACAGCUCUCUGGAAGGGCAGAAAGAAAGGACAAGGUCUCUGGCUCUGCAGGCCAAGUCUUAAAAGGAUGAGAGUGGACUGCUCAGGUGCUACUUCGGGCAGCUUCUUUCCAAAUUAGUCAGGAUCAAAGCUGAUUACAGCCUGAGUAUUGCCAACAGGCUUUAAGGAGAGCAGGAAUUCCCAAUCUGUCCGGAAUACUCAGAUGGCAUGAUUCAAUUACACACGACGACUGAAAAGGUGGUUUUCCAGAAAGACACUGAAAAAUCCAGAUAAGAGAUUAACUUCUGGGUGGAAUCUCAAUCCCAAGGUAAAAUCAAGGAACUCUGUAGCAAGGGCGCUAUCGACAAUUCGACCAUGCUGGUGCUGGUGAAUACUGUUUACUUCAAGGCCAAGUGGGAAAAAUAUUUUGACUGUGAAAACACAGUUGAUGCGCUUUUCUCUCCAAGUGAAAAUGAAAAGAAGAGCGUGAAGAUGAUGAAUCAAAUGGGGCUAUUUAGAAUCAGCUUCCUAGAGGAGCUGGAGGCGCAGGUCACUGAGCUGCGGUACAUCAAGGGGAAGCGCAGCAUGAUCGUCCUGCUGCCGGCAUUCUCUGCAGACAAUCUGAAGGGCCUGGAAGAGCUUGAAAGGAAUAUCACUUAUGGAAAACUCGUGGCCUGGAGCAGUUCAGAAAAUAUGUCAGCAAAAAGUGUAGCUGUCUCCUUCCCCCAGUUCACCCUGGAAGACAGCGACGAUCUCAUUCCUGUUCUACGGGACAUGGGUAUCACAGAUACCUCUGAUGAAGCAAAGGCUGACCUUACUGGAAUCUCCCCAAGUCCCAGUUUGUACCUGUCAAAGGUUGUCCAUAAAACCUCUGUGGAGGUGGAUGAAAAUGGUAUCCAGGCAGCCGCAGCCAGUGGUGGUUUUGGCAAGGAAUUGUCCUUACCAUCGUGGGAGACGUUUAAUGCUAAUCACCCUUUUCUCUUUUUCAUCAGACACAACAAAACCCAAACCAUUCUCUUCUAUGGCAGGGUCUGCUCUCCUUGA